ACAGGUCUACAAAGCUGAAAGUGCAUGAAUCCAAAUCUCAACCUCUCAUUUCCCUUCUUCUAUUUAAACCCUCACCACCUCUCCCUUCCCUCUCACAAACUCAUCACCCUCACCUCCUGAGCUAGUCAUUUCUGUAAAUCCCAUUAAAAAAUGCCUUCUUCAUCUUCUGUCACUCUGGUUUCCAAAUGCACGAUAUACCCAGAACAAAAAUCAGACAUGAAACCCCUCAAGCUCUCCGUCUCCGACCUCCCCAUGCUCUCUUGCCAGUACAUCCAAAAGGGUGUCCUUCUCACCCGCCCACCCUACUCCAUCGACCACCUCCUCUGCUCUCUCAAACACUCUCUAUCCCUCACUCUCAACCACUUCCCCGCCCUCGCCGGCCGUUUCUUCACCGACCCAGAUGACGCCCAUGUCUACAUCGUUUGUAACGACCAAGGCGCCGACUUUGUCCAAGCCAAAGCCAAGCACCUCUCGAUUCACACCCUCCUCUCCCCCGACCUCGACGUUCCCGCCUGCUUCAAAGAGUUCUUCGCCUUCGACAGGCCUCUCAGCUAUUUGGGCCACUUCAAGCCCUUGGCCGCCGUCCAGGUCACCGAGCUAAACGACGGCGUUUUCAUCGGCUGCACCGUCAACCACGCCGUCGCUGACGGGACCUCUUUCUGGCACUUCUUCAACACAUUCGCCGAGAUUUGCAGAGGCGCCAACAAGAUAUCCAAAGCCCCGGAUUUUCGCCGCAACACCGUGUUCAACUCCCCAGCAGUGCUCCGAUUUCCCCCCGGUGGUCCCAAAGUGACUUUUACCGGCGACAAGCCGCUGCGCGAGCGAAUCUUUCACUUCUCUAAGGAAGCGAUUCUGAAGCUGAAACUCAGAGCCAAUAACUAUAAUCAGCUGCAGAAAGUAACGAACAACGGUCUAGCUGACCAGUCAGCGGUGGAGAUACUUGGAAAACAGUGUAACGACAGUUGGAAAACCGUUAACGGCGGUAACGGAGUUUCCAACGGUAAGAUAACGUCCGUCUCGGAGGAUAUUCAUAUACUGAAGAAAAACGUGACCAAAGGGACGGCGGAAAUUUCGUCGUUCCAGUCGCUCAGCGCUCAGCUGUGGCGCGCGGUGACACGUGCGAGGCGGUUGGAGGCGAGCAAAGCGACGACGUUUCGGAUGGCGGUGAACUGCCGCCACCGGCUGGAGCCGCGGAUGGACCCUUACUACUUCGGCAACGCGAUCCAGAGCAUCCCGACCAUCGCGACGGUCGGCGAGGUCCUGUCUCGAGAUCUACGCUGGUGCGCCGAUCUGCUCCACCGCAACGUGGUGGCGCACGAAGACGCCACUGUGCGGCGUGGAGUGGCGGAUUGGGAGCGGGAGCCGAGGCUAUUCCCGCUGGGCAACUUCGACGGCGCGAUGAUCACCAUGGGAAGCUCGCCGCGAUUCCCUAUGUACGACAACGAUUUCGGGUGGGGCCGGCCAUUGGCUGUCCGGAGUGGAGCCGCGAACAAAUUCGACGGAAAGAUCUCUGCAUUUCCGGGGAGAGAAGGCAACGGGAGCGUCGACCUGGAGGUGGUGUUGGCGCCGGAGACGAUGGCGGAGCUGGAGACGGAUACGGAGUUCAUGCAGUACGUAUCGGCUAGCGUGUGAGCGAGCGUGGAAAGUGGAAACCGCCAAAUUAACCGGGCAGGGGUGAUUUGGACGGUUGUAAUAUUUCUUGUCUUUAUUCAGAACAAUUUAUGCGGGGUAAAACAGCGACGUUUUGGUUGUUUCCGCGAAAAGUGUGUAGGGUGUGGUAGGGCCUAGUGUUUCUUACGCUUUCUGUACAUUGCCUUUCAUUUUCCAUGUGAGGGAGAAAUGAAAAGAUCUUUGAUCAAAAACAUUUUACGUCUUUUUCUUUC